AUGCAGUUCAAGCAAACUGGAAAACGCAAAAGCCGUUUAAACAGUCAGGAACAAGUUCUACAACGGACACUUCUUGAGCGUCGUGGAACCGGGUUAGAAGAAGCAAGUGCCCCGGAUGACUCUGAAUCGCACCAAGCGAAGCGACGAUCAAGCGCUCGAGACAAUCUGGACGAAGAGCAAAAGGGCAGUGACGAAGAUAACGAGAAUGCUACACCUCAAGUCUUUUGGCGAGCGAGUGCCAAUGCAGUCGAAGGUACUGACUUGUCUGAGCCGACAACGUUUGGAGAUGCUGUUGGUGGACCAGAUCAAGUGCAUUGGCGUAAGGCAAUCUGUGCCGAGUUGGACUCGAUGAAACUUCGUGGCGUGUUUCGAGCGACCAAACUGCCGUCUGGACAGCAUACCAUUGGCACCAAGUGGGUAUUCAAGAUCAAACGGAAAGCUGAUGGAUCCAUCGAGAAAUAA